CUGGCAUCGUCGUCAAUGCCUGGCGCUGUGGGUGAAAUCGCAUACGUGAUGCACGCCGCCAGCGUGUUCGCGACCGACGCCGACGGCGUCUUCAUCACUGUCUUCAUCUGGGUGCUGUUCUCCUGCAUCCUUGUCGACACCUUUUGCGGUGACUGCGGCGUCUGGUACGCAGAGGCCUUCAACUUGGCGCAGUCCUUCUCUGGCCAGGUUGUCUUCUACUGCGGCUACUUCGGCCUUGUGCACGGGGUGGCCUUCACCUGGGAGCUGAGCUUCUGCAUCCAGAUGCGGUUCGCCAUGUUGGGCGACAUCUUCAACGGGUAUUGUUUCACGCGGUACAUGGUGGCCUUCACCUGGGAGCCGCGCUUCUUCUUCCUCCCGUCCGACUCCUGGUGUCCCAGCUGCGGCGUGCUGCAUGGGGCGGACAGCCAGCUGGUGUAUUGG